ACCGCCCCGCACCGCGCUGGCGCAGAGGCCCGGACCCGCCUCGCCGCUGAGGAUGUCCCGGAAGGCGCAGCGGGCGGAGGUGUGCGCGGACUGCAGUGCCGCAGACCCGGGCUGGGCCUCCAUCAACCGUGGUGUGCUCAUCUGCGACGAGUGCUGCAGUGUGCACCGCAGCCUGGGCCGCCACAUCUCCAUCGUCAAGCACCUGCGGCACAGCCCCUGGCCCGCCACGCUGCUGCAGAUGGUGCACACCUUGGCCAGCAAUGGGGCCAACUCCAUCUGGGAGCACUCGCUGCUGGACCCGGCGCAGGUGCAGAGCGGGCGCAGGAAGGCGAACCCCCAGGACAAAGUGCACCCCACCAAGUCGGAGUUCAUCCGCGCCAAGUACCAGAUGCUGGCCUUUGUGCACAAGCUGCCGUGCCGGGACGACGACGGCGUCACCGCCAAGGACCUCAGCAAGCAAUUGCACUCCAGCGUGCGGACAGGCAACCUGGAGACGUGCCUGCGCCUGCUCUCACUGGGUGCUCAGGCCAACUUCUUCCACCCGGAGAAGGGCACCACGCCGCUGCACGUGGCCGCCAAGGCCGGGCAGAUCCUGCAGGCAGAGCUGCUGGUGGUGUACGGCGCUGACCCCGGUGCGCCCGACGUCAAUGGGCGGACGCCCAUCGACUACGCCAGGCAGGCGGCCCAGCACGAGCUGGCGGAGCGGCUGGUGGAGUGCCAGUAUGAGCUGACCGACCGGCUGGCCUUCUACCUGUGCGGCAGGAAGCCGGACCACAAGAACGGGCACUACAUCAUCCCACAGAUGGCAGACAGGGUGCGCCCCAAGUGCAUGGCACAGAGCCUGGACCUGUCCGAGCUGGCCAAGGCGGCCAAGAAGAAGCUGCAAGCGCUCAGCAACCGCCUGUUCGAGGAGCUGGCCAUGGAUGUGUACGACGAGGUGGAUCGGCGCGAGAACGACGCGGUGUGGCUGACGACGCAGAACCACAGCACGUUGGUGACCGAGCGCAGCGCCGUCCCCUUCCUUCCCGUCAACCCCGAGUAUUCGGCCACCCGCAACCAGGGCCGGCAGAAGUUGGCCAGGUUCAACGCCCGGGAGUUUGCCACUCUGCUCAUUGAUAUUCUGGGGGAAGCCAAGCGCCGGCAGCAGGGCAAGAGCCCGCUCAGCCCCACGGACGCCCUUGACUAUUCACUGAGGAGCCAGAGUGACCUGGACGACCAGCACGACUACGACAGUGUCGCCUCUGACGAGGACACAGACCAGGAGCUGCUGCGCAACGCAUCCCGCAACAACCGCGCACGGAGCAUGGACUCCUCCGACCUGUCAGACGGCCCCAUCACGCUGCAGGAGUACCUGGAGGUGAAGAAAGCCCUGGCUGCUUCCGAGGCCAAAGUGCAGCAGCUGAUGAAGGUGAACAACAGCCUGAGCGAUGAGCUGCGCCGGCUGCAGCGCGAGAUCCACAAGCUGCAAUCAGAGAACACGCAGAUCCGGCAGCAGGCGGUGCCCCCACACCCCACCCCAGCCCCCAGCGAGCGCCCCGAGCACGGCCACCCCCCCGGCACGGCCCCCCUGCACCGCCGUGACCGCCAGGCUUUCUCCAUGUACGAGCCGGGCUCGGUGCUGAAACCCUUCGGGCAGCCGGUGGAGGAGCUGGUGACCCGGCUGCAGCCCUUCGGAGGCGGCGAGGUGGAGGACGAAGCUCUGUACUCCAUGCACAUCCCGGCCAGCGUGUACCGGAUGCGGAAAGGUCCGUCGGUCUCCUCCAUGCCCUUUCCCCCAUCCUCCCCGCUGCUCUCCUGUCCACCCGAUGGUGCCCGGCACAUGAGCAAACUGGACCGGCACGGCAGCGGCACCGACAGUGACUAUGAUAACACACAGACGGGCGAGAUCCUGCUGGGUGUGGAGGGGAAGCGCUUUGUGGAGCUGAGCAAGGACGAGGACUUCCCACACGAGCUGGACCCGCUGGACGGGGAGCUGGACCCUGGGCUGCCCAGCACGGAGGACGUCAUCCUGAAAACUGAGCAGGUCACCAAGAACAUCCAGGAGCUGCUGCGGGCUGCGCAGGAGUCCAAGCACGACAGCUUCGUGCCGUGCUCAGAGAAGAUCCACUCAGCAGUGACGGAGAUGGCAUCGCUCUUCCCCAAGAAACCAGCGCUGGAGACGGUGCGGAGCUCCCUGCGCCUGCUCAACGCCAGCGCCUACCGGCUGCAGAGCGAGUGCCGCAAAACCGUGCCGCCGGAGCCGGGCGCAGCCGUGGACUACCAGCUGCUGACACAGCAGGUCAUCCAGUGCGCCUACGACAUCGCCAAGGCGGCCAAGCAGCUGGUCACCAUCACCACCCGCGAGAAGAAGCAGUGAGCUCCGCCCCACGGGCUCUGCUCUCCGUCUCCUCCCUCUGGUUUGGGCUGAGCGCGGGCGGCUGUGGCAGCAGAGCUGGUGCUCAGCCCCGGGGAGGUGCCCCCGUACAGCAGCCCGAGCCCGCUCCUACCUUAUCCUGUACAUAGCGUGUGCCAUCCUGCUGGGGUGGCCACGUUUCCCCCCCCCUCCCCGCGGCCGCGCUCCCCCAGGGCCGCCCGCAGCAUUACACUGGACAGGGGAUGCCUGGAGGCCUUCCCCAUUUUCUCCCCUCCCGAGCGUCCUGCCCCGCGCCGCGCUGCCUCCUGUAAGAUGUGUCCUUGUACAUUUGUAUCAAUAAAGAUGUGAGCGUUGCACGGCCCCCGGCUCCAUCCCAUCGUGUCCCCUGGGGCUGGACCUGCUGGCUGCGGACCUGGCAGCCCGGGGGAGGAUGGUGAUGGGGCAGAGGAAGGCUCAGGGUGCGACGCGCUGCUCCGCGCUUGGAGCACUGCGUGGGGACGGCUGGCUGUGCUGAGAGCAGCAGAACGUGCUGCUUAAUGAACGUCAGGCUGGGGGCUGGGCUUGCUGCAAUCCCUGCUGGGCUGUGUCCUCCAUUAGGAAACAUCACCCCAUGCUCCCCCUGCCGUGGCAUUGCAGGGGGUCCCCCUGUGCGUUCUGUAAUGCGGGGUGGGGGCUUCGGAGGGCGGAUAUAACGGGAACAGGAGCACCUCCAUCCUGCCCCCGUUUCCCAAUCCCCAUUGCAAGUGCUGCUGUCAAGGCAACAGAGCAAAGCUGGGCUGCCUCCCGUUGCCAUGGCAGCCGGGAUGGCUGCAGGAUGCUGCAGGGACCCCGCAGCAGUGCAUGGGGAGGGACCCCAGCCCCAGAAGGAGGCACAGCGGUGGGACCCCCACCCUCCAGCCCCACCAGGGACGCAGGCAGACACUCCAUGUACUAAAAUUACUUUAUUACAGUUGAUUUUUUUUUUUUUUUUAACAUUUCCUUUGCUAUGAUACAAAGGAUACUUACAAACAAAAUAUUACAUAUGACCUUAUUUUUUUUCUUUUUCUCUUCUCUUAUUUUCUGACAACUUGGUAACAGCUUUAAAUGCACAAUCUAUACAAUUAAUACAGGUUAUAUAUGAGCUAUAAUGUAUGUUGAACCAGAAGAAUACCAGAAUACUGACAAUAUACUGUACAUUAAGCCUUACCAGUUAGUGCUCGUGGCAUUUUCUACAAGAAGGAAAACGCACACCUGUAGGUUCACUCAUACCAGCUGCUGCUCCCAGCCACGGAAGCAGGCAGGAGUCGGGUUCCCAUUUGGAUCCUUCGCAGCCCACCGCCGUGGGUGAGGGCCUGGAAACCUCAGACCAGUGUUCAUAGCAAAACAGCAGAGAUGUGUGUUCUCUACCUGCAGCACAAAGCCACCAGGCUGGGCGCUCCGCCACGGCCCCGCAGCAGCCGGGCUCUGCUGGACCCAAAGGAAACCCCACACAGGUGGCUGUGGGGCUGAGUGAGCUCCUGUGGGGGUCCUGGGGGAGGAGGAGGAGGAGGAGGAGGAGGGGGGAAGCAGCCACGGCCCCGCAGCUCCAGCGGUGUCCCUACAGGUGUGCGCUUCCCUCCUCCCACCCUGCUCUCCUCGGACUGAUAAGGUUACCUUUUUGUUGUUGUUGUUGUUGUUUUCUUUUUUCUUUUUUUUUUUUUAAAGCAACCAGCAAGUGAAGCGUUUUAAGUUGACCGGCAAAAAAGACCUGGCAUUUGCACAAAAAGCUGCAAAUGGAAAAUGAGCCGUCCCCUCCUCCCCACCCCGCUGCAUCCCGGCCCAGAAAAACCCAAACAGAUGGUGGAAGGAAAAAACAACAGGGGUGGAGAAGAGGAAGGGGGGAAAACAGGUUGGAAAAUACCAGGUUGGAGUGAAAAGUUCAUUGCUUGUGCAAAAAGAAACAAAACAAAACCCCAAACGAA